AUGACUGUUCUUAAUCGAACUGUAUUCGAUUUUCCAUUAACAUGGAAUCGAACUCGAUUUGUAACAACACGAAAUAAAUGUCGAUUUGCUCGUAAACUUAUUGAAAUUAGUAUCAAUGUACAAUUUGAAAAGCAGUUAAGAAAUAGAUUUUCUCAUAAUAUUGAAAUUGAAGAAAAUAUAAAUGAUGUCAAUGAACGUCUAUUAAAAUAUCAUGAUAAAUUGCGUGUACUUGAUAAUAUGAUUGAAUUAGCUUCACAAUCACUUCGAACUUAUUUUGAUAAAAGGAUGGAAAAUCUACGUGUUAUUGUUAAAGAACAUUGUAAUAUAAUUCAACAAAUUAUUCAUGAAGAAGCUGAACAUUGGAAAGAAAUUCAUUCUGUAAUGAAUCAAAAUUUACUUAAUCCUGGUGAUAUUCGUUCUCGUAAUAAUUAUCCUCAAAUAGUACAAAAAAGUCCAGCAUCAAAUAUUGACACAAUCGAAGAAGAAGAAGAUAAAGAACAUGUAUCAAAAUUAUUGGAUAGUAAAACAUUAACACCACUACUUACACAAAUGAUUCGAAAGUCUCGACUACAAUCAAAACGUCUUACAAUAGUUCCAUCUAUUAAAGUUCAUAUUCCUAGUGAUCAAGAUAAUUCCAUACUAAGAAAAGAUGGACGAUUUAGUAUUCAUAUAUUGCCACUUAGUACAGUUCGUCAACAUUUAGAAUUUGUGGAUACAACAUUUGUUGUUAAACCUGAAGAAACUAUGGUUGGCGGUGUAAUACAGCACGAUGACUAUUAUGAUGAAUCAAAUGGAACUUAUCGAGCUCCUAAUCAACAUUGUCGUUCAUAUUUAGCUGUAACACAACCUGAAACAUUAUUCAUAGAUUCUCAACCAAAUAUACCAGCACGACUUUGUUUUACACCAACAAUUCUUUAUGAUAGAACUGUUUCACUUGAAGAUGAUAUUAAUGAACAAUCAUCAUCACUUAGUCAUGAGAGUAAUAAAAAAACAAUAAAUGAAAUUUUUUCAUCACUCGACCAAAAUCGAACGAAUAUUAGAAAAGCCAUAGAAAAUACUCAUCGUUUUGGUCAAACUUUUUUGCUUGAUAUCAUUAAAACAGAACAAAUUAGUGAUGAUCAGAAUAAAUAUAAACGACCAACUAUUCCAGAUGAUGAUGUAUUAGUUGUUACUGACACUAAUUCAUCUGUAAUAUCAUCAGAACAUAUAUCACAUACGACAAAUGAUAAUUCUGUUCCUAAAACAGAUCCUCCAAUUCAACAAGAGUCAACUUCUGUUCAAGAAAUAGUACCAGCAAAACCUCGAAGAGGUAUAACUACUAAAACUAAAUCCAAGCCGAUGAUUAUUAGUUCAAGAAAGACUCGAAGUGCUGCAAAAAUUAUUGCUGAACGAGAAGCAGCAGAAGCAGCGGCAGCAAAAGCAUCAUUAGAAAAACAAAUUGAAAAAAAACGAAAGACUCGAAAACGUAAACAAUCAAAAUCAAUUGAUCGUCCAGCAGAAACAUCCGAUGACGAAAAUACAACUACACAAUCAAAGUUUACUCAAACUAUUACCAACAAAAGAAAAACAAAAAAACAUAAAAAAUCCAAAAUAGAUUAUCAUUCACAUGAAACAUCUGAUGAUGGUAAUAAUAAUGAUAAUUUAUUAAGUAAUAAUAAACGAAAAACUCAAAGACGAACUAAAUCAAAAGGAUAUGAUCAUGAAGAAGAACUAUUACAUGAUAAUGAAAAAAAUACAAGAAAAACUAAAAAUUAUAAAAAACUCAAAGUAGAUUAUCAUUCACAUGAAACAUCCGAUGAUAAUGACAAUAAUGAUAAUUUAACAAUUAAUAAUAGACGAAAAACUCAAAAACGAAGCAAAUCAAAAAGAUAUGAUCAUGAAGAAGAAAGAUUACAUGAUAAUGAAAAUCAUACAAGAAAAACUAAAAAAACUAAAGAACAAGAAAUUACAGAUAUUGAACAUGAAAUAAUAACAAAUGCUACUAAAAGUAAAAAAUCUAAACCAUCAACAAUUGAUAAUGAAGAAAAACAACGAAGACGAAAAAUCAAGAAAACAAAAAUAGAUGAUGAAGAACAAACAUCAAAACAUAAACGCACUCGAUCUUCUGCAAAACGUAAUCAUCGGCCAAUAUAA